AUGCUUGAGGACGCUAUCAGCGUGGAGCUCGACGGACAGGGUCGGGAGCAGGGUCGGGAGCAAGAUCAGGAGCCGCCUCCUAAGAAACCCAAAAGAUUCCAAUGUCAACACUGCCAACGCUUCUUUGCUCGCCUGGAGCACCUCCAGCGCCAUGAAAGGACACAUACCCGCGAGAAACCUUUCGCUUGCUCGCAAUGCGACAGCAAGUUUACCAGAAGUGAUCUCCUUGUUCGACACGAACGACUCAGCCAUGACACUGAACGAACGUGGAGCAGCAGAGCAGGACGAGGAGAGAACCGCCUCAACGGUGCUGCCUCCGGGAAUGUCACCCACUCAACAGCAACUCGCAAACGGCCAGAAACCACGACCAGGAAUUCACUGGAUAUCCCAGACUCCGCCAACUUGACGUCGCCUAAUUUUAACGCCUCCCAAAAUCUCGUCAACAAUUUCUUGCCGGCCAGCUCGAAUCAAACCACCGGAAACACCCCAAACAGUCAUGAUCUCUCAUUUGCAACAUUGCUCAUGGCAGCGGAGCACGCCCGACCUCAAGACGCUCAGCCUCAUACUUCCAUUCCGCAAAAUAAUCAUCUUUCGAAUUCCAUGUUCGCCGUUCAAGAUCAAUUCAUGGCCGAGCCGACACCUCCGCCUUCGAUGCCUGCACCCGCCGGUCAGAUGAGUGGCAUUUCCGGGUUUGAUUUUGACGACUCACUUCAGGAUCUCGCCAACUUCAUGGACAAUGGCGCUCUGUCAUCCUAUCAUUUUUCAUCCUUGAUCAGUGCCGAACAACCAAUCCCAUUCUUCUCCCCGGAGUCGGUCACCAAUCCCACGGACGCUCUUCCCACCACCGACGAGUCCCGCCCUCUCUCCCGGGCGGUACAGCCUACAGACCAACAGGAAGACUCUAGCUCAUUUUCACGAUUCGGCUCCCGCCUACCAUCCCUUCAGCCGGAGGAGAGCCCCUCCGCGCCACAGAGUGAUCCAAACAGUGGCCAUCGGGCUUUGGCUGACAUCAACAUCGAAGAUAGGCAAAAUAUUGCUCUCAAACUGGCCGAAUUCGCCCAUGCAGUCCCUCAUACUUUUCAACUUCCCUCUCGACUUGCGCUCUCCCGGUACCUUGCCGGCUACGUUAACGGUUUCCACGAGCAUCUACCUUUCCUACAUAUCCCCACGCUCUCCGUCAAUAACUGCUGCAUCGAACUCACCCUCGCCAUAGCGGCCGUUGGAGCCCAGUAUUGCUUCGAAGGCCAGAAAGGAGUGGAACUCUUUCACGUCAGCCAAUCCAUUGCAAUGCAACGUAUCCGGCAGAGAGAUGCGAGACUCGCUGUUUCACACCGAUCGACCGAAGUAUCGUCGCAAUAUUCGGGCCGUACCAAGAGCAGUGAGAUUCUAACCACGGGAGAAACUCCACGUAGUGGAUCUUUAUCCGGCUGCCUGGGCCUUCCAUCUCAGCCAGAUUUCGAGCCUGGAACGCAGAGAGAAGACCUGAUGCAGACGGCUCAGGCGCUACUCUUGCUCAUGGCGAUGGCGACGUGGGCCAAACAUCGGGAAAUCCUGCGAGAAGCGCUGGCCAUCCAAAGCGUGCUCGCCACCCUGGUACGAGACGAUGGGUUCAAAAGCCCACCGAUGCCGGAAGACAUUAGCUGGACCGAAUGGAUCCGACGAGAAACCACCAAAAGAACCAAGUUCAUCGUAUUUUGUUUCUUCAAUCUUCACACCAUCGUGUACAAUAUCCCAUCUCUGAUUCUCGCGUCGGAACUUGAUCUCACUCUGCCUUGCAACGCAGCCGAGUUCAAGGCGCCCACAGCGGCAAGGUGGAAGGAACUGCGCGCGAGAGCAAUAUCCGAAGUGGAUUUUCAGGUGGCCCUACACCGCUUGUUCUCUCGGACGGGGAAUGAUGUGAGCACGUACAACUCAUCACUAGGAAACUACGUCCUGGUGCACGCGCUGCUGCAGCAUAUCUUCUUCGUCCGGCAGAUCUCACGGUACAGACUAGAUCAUGAUGGCGAGCUCCGAUCCGACGACGUUGCUGCGAUCGAGCAAGCUCUUCGAAACUGGCAGCUUGCGUGGAAACGCAAUCCGGAAUCAUCGCUCGAUCCCAUGAAUCCCAACGGCCCUGUGACUUUCAACUCUACUGCUCUCCUCCGCCUGGCUUACAUUCGGUUAAACGUGGAUCUCGGCCCUGGACGGGCGCUUGACACUCGCGACCCCGUACAAAUUGCCAAUGCUUUCCGCGACAGUCCUUCUGUGAAACGAACGCCGAAACUAGUCCGAGCAGUCCUUCAUUCGGCACAUGCGCUGAGUAUCCCCGUCAAGAUAGGCAUCCACUUGGUGGCGCAGACUCAGACGUUUAUGUGGUCCAUCCAGCACUCGCUCUGUACGCUGGAAUGUGCGUUUCUGUUGAGUAAAUGGCUGGAGGCUUUGAGUCUCCCUGACUCAGGACCUACAGUGACAAACGACGAACAGAAGAUCGCGACACUGGUCAAGACAAUGCUGGACGAAACCGAAUUUGCUAUGCCAGUGGACGUCCCCAUUGAUUCGCCGGCUGCCAUGAAAUAUCUAAGUGCGGGCGUCUUGAGGGUUUGGGCACAAGUGUUUCGAGGUGCUCAGACUUGGGCGAUUGUCGAUGUGAUCGGGACAAGUCUGAAUAUUUACGCAGAUAUGCUUGAGGCAGGAUGA